GUGGGGGAGGGAAGACUUACAUGGCCGCCAACCUUUUGAGGUUUAUGUGUCCCCCUUUUUGCUCAACCCCUCCGUAGAGAGAGAGACUCACCAGGUGAACUCACCUCUCAGGUCAAGCUCUGCCAGGCUCCACCACAUCCCCACAACCUCCCUACAGGGCCAAUGGCUCCUUCUAUGAGCUCUUGCAAGUGGACUUCGGAAUUGACAACAGCAGUGACCUGGCCGGGGCACAGCCCAUCACCUGGCAGGUGGAGUACCCGGUGGAGGACUCCUUGAGUGGGCUGGUGGUCUCCGAGAUCUUUGUCAGCCAGACUUCCUAUGUAGGCAUUGUGCCUCUCGCAAUGGACACGGAAGUUCUGAAUACAGCCAUCCUCACUGGUAAGGCCGUCUCGGUGCCCGUCAGGGUGGUGGCCGUGCAGGAGGAUGGGUCUGUGGUGCACGUGUCAGAGUCUGUGGAGUGCAGGUCUUCGGAUGAAGACGUUGUCAAGGUUUCCAACAACUGUGAUUCUGUCUUUGUGAACGGGAAGGAAAUGAAGAGCAAAGUGGACACGAUCGUGAACUUCACCCACCAGCACUUCACCUCUCAGCUUGAGGUCACGGUCUGGGCUCCCAGACUCCCCUUGCAGAUUGAGAUCUCCGACACCGAGCUGAGCCAGAUCAAAGGGUGGAGGAUCCCAGUGUCCUCCAAUAGGAGGCCCACCCGGGACAGUGAGGAUGAGGAGGAUGAGGAGAAGAAGGGCCGAGGCUGCUCUCUGCAGUACCAGCACGCCACAGUGCGUGUCCUCACACAGUUCGUGGCCGAGUCGCCCGACCUGGGUCAGCUGAGCUACAUGCUAGGCCCCGACUGGCAGUUUGACAUCACAGACCUCGUGACGGAGUUCAUGAAGGUGGAGGAACCGAAAAUUGCUCAGCUGCUGAAUGGCAGGACUCUUGUGGGUCGAGAGCCCGGGAUCACCACUGUGCAGGUCCUCUCACCUCUCUCUGAUUCCAUCCUGGCGGAGAAGACGGUCAUUGUGCUGGAUGACCGCGUCACCAUCGCAGACCUGGGCGUGCAGCUGGUGGCCGGCCUGUCUCUCUCCCUGCAGCCCCACAGAGCUGACAGAAGAGCCCUGGUCUCCACCGUGACCGCCCAGGACAUUCUGCAAGCCCCACAGCAGGAAGCAAUAGUGAGUUCUUGGAUCUUGUUCAGUGACGGCUCUGUGACACCUUUAGACAUCUAUGAACCCAAGGAUUUCUCAAUUACUGUCUCAUCAUUGGAUGAAAUGGUGGUGUCUGUCCAGCCCAACCUUCAAUCCAAAUGGCCAGUUGUGGUAGCAGAGGGUGAAGGGCAAGGGCCCUUAAUUAAGUUGGAAAUGAUGAUUAGUGAACCUUGUCAGAAGACCAAGAGGAAGAGUGUUCUUGCUGUGGGUAAAGGGAAUGUCAAGGUCAAAUUUCAACCAAGUAUCAAUGAGCGCCAAGGAGGCACCAAUGACAUUGAGGGCAUAAAUCGGGAAUACAAAGACCACCUCAGCAAUUCCAUAGAGCAUGAAGGAAGCCAGGAGAGAGCAGUCCAGGAAUGGUUCCAACAUGGCGCCUCAGUUGGCCAAGAGGAAAGUACCAACAAAAGCACAACUCCACAGUCUCCCAUGGAAGGACAGGAUAAGAAAUCACUCAAGGGUGGUAGCCCAGACACCUUCACCAGCUUCCCCACUCAAGGGAAGUCACCGGAACCCAAUAAUCCUAGUGACCUUACUGUGACCUCAAGGGGUUUGACUGACUUGGAGAUUGGCAUGUAUGCCCUGCUUUGCGUCUUCUGCCUGGCCAUUUUGGUCUUCUUGAUCAACUGUGUGGCAUUCGCUUGGAAAUACAGACACAAAAGAUUUGCUGUGAGUGAGCAGGGCAACAUUCCCCACUCCCAUGACUGGGUGUGGCUGGGGAACGAAGUGGAACUUUUGGAGAACCCUGUGGACAUCACACUCCCUUCCGAGGAGUGCACUACCAUGAUCGACCGGGGCCUGCAGUUUGAGGAGAGGAACUUCCUUCUCAAUGGCAGUUCCCAGAAGACGUUCCAUAAUCAGCUGCUCAGACCUUCUGACUAUAUCUACGAGAAGGACAUCAAAAACGAACCUAUAAAUCCCUCGGGCCCAAAGAGGAAGCGAGUCAAGUUCACUUCCUACACCACCAUCCUCCCUGAGGACGGAGGCCCCUACACCAACUCCAUCCUGUUUGACAGCGACGACAACAUCAAGUGGGUCUGCCCAGACAUGGGCCUGGGGGAAUCCCAGGAGUUUCGGGACUACAUGGAAAGACUGCAAGACCAGCUGUAACUCCUUUCUUAUGUUUGUAUUCACCUUUAUGCCUUCUGUUUUUUGAAUGGUGGAGCAGUAAGUCUGAUCAGCAAUAGGGGAUGAUUUAACAGAACUUAAUGCGUGGAGGUUGGGGGCUGUGUGUUGGGGGAGGUGCUUUCUAAGGGUAUUUCAAGAGCCAUGGGACUUUAAUCUGAGAAAAUGUCUCUGGAAUAGCCCACAUAAGGAAUUGGAACACCUCUAAGACAACAGUGUCCUCUACGGCCUGACCCUAGCUCGGUUCAAAUAUUCUAACGCCCGGCCCCACAAGACAUUGUUAAUCAUCUCGUGACCAAUGGCCCAUGCGGAAUUCAAAAAGCCUUUGGGAGUUGAUUAUUAUUAUUAUUUUUCUUUUUCUAUUCCUAGACCUUUUAAAGCACAGCGGAUGUUCCUUGCCCUUGGCCUGAGAGUAAAUGUACAUGAAAGAUGGCUGAAUGUAGCUGUCCUUUCUGGCUAUGAGCUCUGCUCAUUAUUUUUAUAUGCUUUUGCAGCUGCGCCUGGUUCCUUUGACCUCUGCAAUUCUUUUUUUUUUUUUUUGGAAACACAAAGACACAUUCCCGUCUUUUCUUCGAGAUCUGUUUGCUGUACAUAUGAGUUUUCUUCACUGAGACUUGCCACGUCAUGCAUCUUCCUGGGUGUCCACACAGGGUUUCUCCAGUUCUCCGUCCUUUCCCCCCAUCUUUUCGGGGGCUUUCUAGCUACAGCGCUUAUCCCCACUCUGUCUGUCUCUUCUCCGUUUUGUUGUUGAACUUAACCUGUAUCAGAUGGGGGUGGGAUUUUACUUACAGCAUUGCUAUCCUGUGAAGGAGGGCCAUCUAUUUAUAGUUUUCUCCAUGAAACCAGAACUGGAGACACGUUGUGAACCACAAACCUUUAUUUUUUAUCUCCUGCUUGUUGGCAAUUGAUGGGAAGUGGGGAGGACUCCUGGGGGGUGAAUUUCUGUAUUUAUACCAGUGCUUUGUAGUCCACACAAUUUAUUACCCAGACUGAAAUCUCAAAGCAGGAUCAGUAUACGCAGAAAGGGGUUUAUGUACAGAAUAGUUUCCAGAUUAAACUUUGCAUUUUACCAGAGCAUUUUGGUUCAAGUAAGUAGAAUGAUCUUUCAACUUCUGAAUAUUGUAGAAAGUCAGCUCUGCUGUUGGAUUUCUCUCCCCCCAAAUGUCCUCAUUCAUGACUCUGGCAGGACAUCUUCCAAUGGAGAAAACUGAUAGGUUUCCCCCUCCAAGUUCUUAAGAGGAGGUGACCAUUAUAGAUCUUAAGAAGCCAUUAGGGUGGAAUCUGUAGAUACUGGAAAAUCAAGGGGCAAAGAGGGAAAAGUCAUGGUUUCAAGCAAAGCAAGAGCUUCAGAAUAGGACAACAUUUUUAUUAAGGUGUGUAAGCUGGAAAAAGAGACCUGGGUCUAGUGAGUCUGGUUCUGAGCUUACCUUGAGUCUCUUGUGUCUUGAUAAGACAGAUCUUUAAAGGCUAAGAGUAAGCAGGAGCUGCAGGAGAUGAUCUGAGCAGUUUCUCACUCCCAAUGACCAGUGACUUGAGUUACUCCAUGGGGAGUGUCCCACUGUCCUAAGAGAAUUCUGCGGGUGGAACAUGGUGACUGCCCCUCCUCCAGUCACAAGAUGGCGGCUACGGAGUUCUGCCUGGGUCUCUUGCUCCAAGCACUGUGUCCAGUCUUUCAGUUGACUUUGUGUUUGAAACAGUGGUCAGGACCUGAAGCUGAGAGUUUCCCCAAACUUCUCCAUUUGGUUGGAAGAUGAAGCCAGAGACCUCAGCAUUAUCUUCAAAGGGAUAAUUCAGGAGAUGGCUGAACUAUUGUAGCUUCUUUCCUUCAAGUGUCACCGCCCCUCAGAGUUGCUGGGGGAGGCAGCCCUGAACCAGCCAUGUAGGCCAUCGAGAAGGCCAGUGUAGGCAGGCGAGUGUCAGUACCACCGUGAGGGAGCCCUGCCUUCUCUGCCAAGCUUUCCCAGUUGCCUCUCCCUUUUGGACUGCCCCCUUUCCAGAAGCAAUAUGCUUUUCAUUCCUAAUGCACGAGACCAGAACCUCUCACACAGCAGGCUGCCUCCCUGCGAAAACGGGACUCUGGAGUGGAGAGUCAUGGGGGAGAGGGGUAGGAAAGUUCCCCUUGUUAUGGGGAGUGGCAUCAAGGGACGUCUCUGCCCUGAGGCUUGAGGGAGAGUCAGGAUGUGCCUGGUGCUUCCUGGCAGAUUGGGCAACAUGGGGCCUGUGGAAAGCGCCUCUGGAUAAACUAGUCACCUAGAGCCAUACAGGUGCGGGGUCACAGUGUGAGUGGGAGGGGUGCCUGCCAGUUCAAAAUGGCAGGUCGUGGAGGAGAGGAUUCCUUCACCAUCUCUCUGUCUCUCUCUUUCUCUUACACACACACACACACACACACACACACGCACACACACACACUGUUAGUUCAGACAUAAUGAACACACACGCACACACACACACACACACACACUGUUAGUUCAGACAUAAUGAACACACACACACACACACACUCUCAAUAGUAUACACAAAGUCAAAUGGAUACACACACAUUAACACACAUUCAUGUACUGUGUGUGUGUGAAUAGUAGCAGCCAGAAAGCACACUAUUCAGUGGGCAUCCCCUCUGUCAAUCCUGCUCAGAUUGGACAUGGGUACUCUUCAGCUUAACAAAAAAUAAAUCCCCUUUCUGCUCUGUUUCCUGCUGCCCAGAAACUACAUGUAUUAUCUGCUUGUUUUCCAGCCAGUUAGUUUCAAAUGAAUAGGAAGCAUCUCCCAAAAUAUCUAAACCCAGACAGGAGAAUGACAAGGAUUACUGAGCUCUGGGGCAGGGUCUUGGAGUGUGUGUGUCAUAUUCUGGCCUUGGGUGAUUGAGGGGUCUGGGAGGGAGGUGUCCAUGGGAUAGGUGUGACUGAGUCACUUGGACAAGAAAACUUUGGUGAAGUCCCUUCCUGUCCCUUAAGAAUGGGCCUGCUGAUGGGUCACAAGGCCGUGAACCCUGAGGUAAGGUGAGACAGAUGGAGCAGGUAUUCUGAGAGCAGCAGGAGACACAGAAUGGUGGAAGGUGUGAACCCUUGGUUCUGGGGCUAUGCUUGCUCUCCAGACCAGCAUUUGGGGACCAAGGUGCAGCCACCCCAGAGAAGAACUGGAGUUCAGACAGGUGGCCGCUGUGAGAACGCAGGGUGGAAAGACUUGGGAGGUAUCCCCAGAACACCACCCAGUGAACCUCAGACAGCCCGUGUGAAUCAAACAAGGGCUGAAGCUACUUCCCAGGUGGUUCACACUGCACACGGGCUAAGGAGUGGGGUGGGGGUCCCUGUCACCCUUCAGGCUGGUCAGUAAGUUUCUGUGUGAACACUAAUGUGGGGCUGGGGGGAGAAAGAAGGAUUCAUUUUUGUCCGGGCUUCACAUUGGUAGCCUUUGUACCUUGCUCAUUUUCCAGUUUUGGCAAGUUUGUCUUUUGCAGUCUUGCUCACUCCUCCAGAAAGGUGUCCUUCCACUGUAAUGAUGUUGGGACCCCCAAACCAGCCUUCCAUUGUAAAAGAAAAAAAAAGAACAAUCGGUCCAAAUUUGAUGCCUACAAGCAUGAGUGGGGCUUCCUCUGUCUCCUACAUGUCAUUGGCGUCCCUGUGUCUCUUUUCCUCACAUCAUCUCAAAACUGGCCACACUUUUCCAUUCUAGUCUCUGUAGAGGACGUGAAUGCUGACCUAGGAACUCAGCAACCAUCUCCAUCACGAGCAUAGGUAUGUGUCAUGUGACCCCCACAUAAUCGCCUGUGCAAAGAGACAGGCGGGGAGGGGCGGAGUCAUCUUAAAACAAAAUGGCGGCUAUUUUGGCAAUACAGGUGAUACACAGGAGAAGUGUUUUGGAACACAUGCAUUUUAAAAGAAAAGCAUGCACAGCCAUAGCUUUUAAAAGUACAGACACACUCCUCAAAGCAUGCCACUCAAAAAAAAUAUAUAUAUCUCAGCUGAUGGUGGGUAGAGACAGGGGGACCAGACACCAGGAGAUGUGCAGGUCUGGGGGUGAGGCCUGGGAAGGAAGGGCAUGGCUUGCACUGGGGUUAUGGAUAGAACCUGCCAGAACAUUGUUGAUCUUCCUCUUCAUUGCUUUUGGAUGUCUUUUUUUUCUCUUUCUCUUUCUUUUUUUUUCGGGGGGUGGGUGGGUUGGGGGUGAGGGAUGCUUUCAGAAAUAAAGUGACUUCAUUUUCCAGCUUAAAGUUAUAUUCUAACCACAGGGUAACGCAUCCUUUUUAACGUGAAAAUAAACACUUAAACCUUC